UUCAAAGGGAAGCAAUGAGACUGAAACUCCUGCACCUUCAGACUACAUCUUUUCACUCUUUGACUACAAUACAUCGAUGCCAAAGAUUUAAUAAAACUGGACAUCAAAUUCUAAAGCUGGAUAAUGAUGUUGACAGAACGGAUCACAGAACAGCUAAGAUUGGAAACUUGUAUGCUCCAAAGACUGCUUCCCCUUGUUUGACAAGGCCCUCUAUGCAAGUCAAGAAUUGGCAAAUGAUCCAAGGAAAUGUAUCUGCUUUGGGAAAAAGUGUUUAUUAUCAGGGUGGGGAGAUGUUUUUCCCACCCUGGAAACGUUUUGGCUUGGCAGCAAUGGAAAACUACACACUCAAUGUGGAGUAUAUUAAAAAGCUCGGGAACAUAUCAUCAAGAUUUUACUCAAUUGUAUCAACUAGUAAAAUUAUUCCAAAACCAAGUACCCAGCCAGUUAAGAGGCCACCAAAGGCACCAAGGACCAAGCAGCCCUCCAGAGCUAACCAGCCACUACUGUCAGACGACAUGAAGAAUCUGAUGCAGUGCACAGCCUUUGCAACAGCAGAUGAAUAUCAUCUUGGUAAUCUGUGUCAUGACCUGACUUCCCAUGGAUAUGUUGAAAUAACAAGUUUGCCCAGAGAUGCUGCGAAUGUUUUGGUGAUGGGUGCUGAGAAAUCUGCAAAAGAAGAUGAUCCUGGCAUGAUUUUUUUCUUCAGGGAAGGGGCUGUUGUGUUUUGGAAUGUGGAUGAGAAAAGUAUGAAGAAUAUAAUGCGAGUGCUGGAACAGCAUGAAAUUCAGCCAUAUGAAGUAGCAUUAGUCCACUGGGAAAACGAAGAGAUAAACUAUAGAAUAGGAGAAGGGCAAUCAAAGCUUCAUAAGGGAGAAAUCUUGUUAAAUUCUGAGCUGGAUACUGAUGAAGUAAUUCUGCAGAAAUUUGCCUUUUCAAAUGCCCUGUGUCUUUCUGAUGUAGAUGAUUACUUGAAAGCAUACACCCCCUCUCACAGCAUUAUGCUUUGUCACCUCUGUGUUGCAGUAAAACUGGCUAUUUGGGAAUCGUUAUUGGAUAACUUUGUGGAAUCUAUCCAAUCAAUUCCUGAGAUCCUAAAAUCAAGAAGGAAGAUAAAACUAUCUCACGCAGAUGUCAUGCAGAAAAUUGGAGAACUUUUUGCAUUAAGACAUCGCAUAAAUCUGAGUUCAGACCUGCUGAUAACACCUGACUUCUACUGGGAUAGAGAAAAACUGGAAGAGCUUUAUGAUAAAACAUGCCAAUUUCUCAAUAUUAAUCGCAGAGUUAAGUUUAGGUUAACAACCAUGCCUCAACCACCUAGACUUAAAUGGAUUCUGUACUUCCUGAGCCACUAACUUAGGCUUUAAAUAGUUGUAAGAAGAGGAGCUUUAAUUCUUUUUCUGAAGUGUGUGCAAGAAAACAAGUUAAAAAAAAAAAAAAAAUGUGAUGUGAAGCAGUCUUCUUACUGAUGACAUGAUCAUCCAGGUCAGUUCAUUGCAGGGCAAUGUAAUGCUUACUGCUCUACCAGAAUAAGCAUGAGAUACCUCUUCCAGUGGUACAGCAACCUUACAUACUUAUUUAGCUACUUUUGAGGCAUUUCCAUAAGCUGCAUGUCAUUUGCUUGCAUUGUUUUGUGACUAAAUGUCACCCAGUAGCUGUUUAAUACCUGCAUGUGCAUAUCUAAACUUGUAUUUGUUUUUUUAUGACUGUUGAAAUAAGAGUUGUAUUAGAACUCCCAUUGCUUGUGCAUGUUACAAGACUUUGCAUUCUGCACUUUCACAGAAACGUUAACAGCUUUCUGCAGUGAGCCCCUUUAUGGAUUGUUUCCUUAGUGAUCUCAUACAACGUGUAGAAUCCAGCUUUGCCCUGUGUUUGAAAUCUGUUGCAGGUAAUGAAUGAAAAGCUUCAGCACUGCAUGGAGUUGACAGACCUAAUGCGAAAUCACCUGAAUGAAAAGCAUGCUCUGCGCCUCGAGUGGAUGAUAGUAAUACUCAUCACCAUAGAG